CAGCAGGGUAAAGGUGCACCGCUUUGUGCCGCACUGACUGUAAUCUGACUGCCGCCCACAGAGUGCCCGUCAGUCGACUCUUUCCUGUCCGUGAGCGAAGUGCACCUGGAAACUUUUAUAUCUUUUUUUUUUUUUGUCGUCCAAUAUGUCCAUUAGUCGGAAGAACUGGUCGGUUUUGUCCAGCCUAGCUCGCCAGUGGACGAUGGAAGAUGAGGAGGAGGUGGAAAGGGAGAGGAGGAGGAGGGUGAAGAGCUCCACCGCUGACCCCGAUGAUGACUUCAGCCACACAACCAGAGACACGCCCACCAGCGAUAGCGCCUUUGGGACAGACUCCACAAGCGAGAUGUCCCAGGGCCUCAGCAGCAUGGAGCAGAUGCAGCUGGACUUUGUGGAGAUGCUGCGUGUCCGCGAUGAAAAGCGGAGGUUGAGGCACGUGGAGACAUUGAGGAGACAGAAGGAGGCAGAAGAGGGCAAAGCAGAGGCUUGCGGGGGAGGAACCAGGGUGGAGCUACUGGGGGACAUGGAUGAGGAGCAGGAUAGUGUGUUGCCCUCUGUGAACACCACGUCCAAACCACAACCAACCCCAAAUACAGCUACUUACAACCCCACCAACAGCAGCAGCACUAACACCACAAACAGACAACACGAAAAUGGAGAGUCGGCGAGCAAAGAUCCCGUCCCCAAGCCAUCGUCCAACCCGGCUCGCAAGUUUGUCAGUUCUGUCUCCAUCUCGCUCGACAAAAGCCCCUCCGCCAGCGGGUGCACAAGUCCCAUGAGCCCUCGCUCCCCGACGGCCCCCCUGUCACCUCAACAACACCGGCCGUCGCCUUGCCAGAGCCCGUCUCCUCGGGGAGCUCAAAGCCCCGUCCCGAAUGGUCACACACAGGAGACCAGAGUGAACGGCUCUUCCUCCAACAGCAACUUUGAAGAGACAACCAAACCUGCGUUCGUCAGGCAGAGCUCCAGGACUAUAUCUUUCAGGAUGAUGAGGAAGAAAGAAGAGGAGAGUGCGCCACUCCAGAGGAGCGCGAGUGUGAGGAUUGCCUCCAAGAAGUUUGAAUCCAACACAGACCAAAAUGAAGACGAAGACAAAGCAUCAUCUCUCCAGAGAAACUCUAGGCAGAGGAUUUCAUCCAGGUCCAUCCGGGAGAAGAUGGAGAGACUUGCUCAGGCUGCACAGAAGUCAGAAUGCCCGCGAUCCCCAGACGUGACCCAGAGGACCCUCUUCCUGCUGGACGAGGUGUCCAGGAAGAGAUGCCUCUUUGAGAAGGAGCAGCAGGCAGCGAGCCCCACCAGCCCCGGAGUUUCCAGACAGGAAUUUAGGAGCUUCACAUCAGGAAUGUCAGAUCGCAUCAACCGCUGGCUCAACAAAACCAACCAACCCGGGUCUUCACACAUUGCAACUGACUUGAGACAUGUGGACAUCACCAGUAAGAGGAGCCUGUUUGAGAACAGAGAGGAGGAGAGUGUCCCAAAAACCAGCCCUGGAAAAAUCUACAAGUGACCGAAGUCCAUUUAUAAUGCCUAGCAGGAUUUAGCAGACAGCGAGAGAAGAUGAAGACAACUGGAGGAUUAAUGGAUGCCAUGACUGACUGAUUCUUUCUUCAAGCUUUUUACUUGAUUUUUUUAUUCCCUGCCAGACCACAUGAGAAAAACAGACAGAAAAAGAGAGUUUAGCUGUAAAGGACUGAAUAGGAGGAUAUUGUUUUUAAAGUUAGGAGGCUUAAAUCAUACACUUCUGCAUCGCUUCUUGAAGUACAAGUAUGUCUUAUUUCCAAAACUGAAACUGUUUAAUGUGUGAGGAAAAGAGUGGGAGGCAAAGUGGACAUGAGAGGACAAGACAUGUGACAGAAAACAAGGAGGACAGUGACAUAUAUCUGAAAAUGCUUCAGCUAUUUGCCUUAACUUUGUGUAAUUUUUCAAGCACUUUAAACAGGUAAGGGUCUUAAUGGUGCCUUUUUUUUUUUAACCGAAUUACAGUAGCAGGAAUUCUGGAGCUGUAAUUGUAUGUUUUUGUCCAAUCUGCAAAAUAUACCUUUUGUUCUGUGUUAAUGUGGGCAAGAUGCUGCCUGUCUGAGAAAUAAAAUGUUUUAUUACCACAAAA